AUGGCAGAAAUGGAGAAAGAAGGGAGACCUCCGGAAAAUAAAAGGAGCAGGAAACCGGCUCACCCAGUGAAAAGAGAGAUCAAUGAGGAAAUGAAGAACUUUGCAGAAAACACUAUGAAUGAACUCCUUGGCUGGUAUGGCUAUGAUAAGGUUGAAUUGAAAGAUGGUGAAGAUAUUGAAUUCAGGAGUUACCCUACAGAUGGAGAGAGCCGGCAGCACAUUUCUGUUCUCAAAGAAAAUUCUUUGCCAAAACCAAAAUUACCUGAGGACAGUGUUAUUUCACCAUACAAUAUAAGCACAGGCUAUUCAGGGCUUGCCACAGGAAAUGGACUCAGUGACUCACCUGCAGGGUCCAAGGAUCAUGGCAAUGUUCCCAUUAUUGUACCUUUAAUUCCUCCACCUUUCAUAAAGCCACCAGCAGAAGAUGAUGUGUCAAAUGUACAAAUAAUGUGUGCCUGGUGCCAGAAAGUGGGAAUCAAGCGCUAUUCCCUGAGUAUGGGAAGUGAGGUGAAAAGCUUCUGCAGCGAGAAGUGCUUUGCGGCCUGCCGACGAGCCUACUUCAAGAGAAAUAAGGCUAGAGAUGAAGAUGGACAUGCUGAAAAUUUUCCCCAGCAGCACUAUGCUAAGGAAACUCCAAGGCUUGCCUUCAAGAAUAACUGCGAACUACUUGUAUGUGACUGGUGUAAGCACAUAAGACACACAAAAGAAUACCUGGAUUUUGGGGACGGGGAAAGAAGGCUUCAGUUCUGCAGUGCAAAAUGUCUCAAUCAAUACAAAAUGGACAUUUUCUACAAAGAGACACAGGCCAAUCUUCCAGCUGGGCUGUGCAGCACAUUACACCCUCCCAUGGAAAAUAAAGCAGAAGGCACCGGGGUGCAGCUGCUCACUCCAGACUCUUGGAAUAUCCCUCUAACAGAUGCUCGGAGGAAGGCCCCCUCCCCGGUGGCUGCAGCUGGCCAAAGCCAGGGCCCUGGCCCAUCGUCGUCCACCACCGUCUCUCCAUCUGACACUGCCAACUGCUCUGUCACUAAAAUCCCCACGCCAGUGCCCAAGUCCAUGCCUAUCAGCGAGACUCCAAACAUCCCUCCUGUCUCCGUCCAGCCACCUGCUAGCAUCGGGCCUCCCCUCGGUGUCCCGCCUCGCAGCCCUCCCAUGGUGAUGACCAACCGCGGCCCGGUGCCGCUGCCCAUCUUCAUGGAACAACAGAUCAUGCAGCAGAUCCGCCCGCCCUUUAUUCGUGGGCCGCCGCACCACGCCUCCAACCCCAACAGCCCUCUGCCCAACCCCAUGCUCCCCGGCAUCGGGCCCCCGCCCGGCGGCCCCAGGAACCUGGGCCCCACUUCCAGUCCCAUGCACCGGCCCAUGCUGUCGCCCCACAUCCAUCCCCCCAGCACCCCAACCAUGCCUGGGAACCCCCCGGGCCUGCUGCCCCCCCCGCCCCCGGGCGCGCCCUUGCCCAGUCUCCCCUUCCCGCCGGUGAGCAUGAUGCCAAAUGGCCCGAUGCCCGUGCCCCAGAUGAUGAAUUUCGGGCUGCCGUCGCUCGCCCCGCUGGUGCCGCCCCCCACCUUGCUCGUGCCAUACCCCGUGAUCGUGCCCCUGCCCGUGCCCAUCCCCAUCCCUAUUCCCAUCCCUCACGUCAAUGAUUCCAAGCCCCCCAACGGAUUCUCCAGCAACGGGGAGAACUUCAUUCCGAGCGCCCCUGGCGACUCCUCAGCGGCCGGAGGCAAGCCAGGCGGACACUCCCUGUCCCCCAGGGACUCCAAGCAGGGCUCGUCCAAGUCUGCGGACUCGCCGCCCGGCUGCUCCGGCCAAGCCCUGAGCCUAGCGCCCGCGCCCGCGCCCGCGGACCACGGCAGGAGCGAGGUGGUGGACCUGACGCGGCGCGCCGGCAGCCCCCCGGGCGCGGGCGGCCAGCUCGGCUUCCCCGGCGUGCUGCAGGGCCCGCAGGACGGCGUCAUCGACCUGACGGUGGGCCACCGAGCCCGGCUGCACAACGUGAUCCACCGCGCUCUGCACGCGCACGUCAAGGCGGAGCGCGAGCCGGGCGCCGCGGAGCGCAGGACCUGCGGCGGCUGCAGGGACGGCCACUGCAGCCCGCCCGCCGCCGGCGACCCGGGCCCGGGCGCCCCCGCGGGCCCCGAGGCCGCCGCGGCCUGCAACGUCAUCGUGAACGGCACGCGCGGCGCCGCCGCCGCCGCCGAGGGCGCCAAGAGCGCAGAGCCGCCGCCGGAGCAGCCCCCGCCGCCGCCGCCGCCCGCGCCCCCCAAGAAGCUGCUGUCGCCCGAGGAGCCGGCGGUGAGCGAGCUGGAGUCGGUCAAGGAGAACAACUGUGCUUCCAACUGUCACCUGGACGGGGAGGCAGCCAAAAAGCUGAUGGGGGAGGAGGCCCUGGCGGGGGGCGACAAAUCAGACCCGAACCUUAAUAACCCCGCGGACGAGGACCACGCGUAUGCUCUGCGGAUGCUGCCCAAGACGGGCUGCGUGAUCCAGCCUGUGCCAAAACCCGCGGAGAAGACUGCCAUGGCGCCGUGCAUCAUCUCCUCGCCCAUGCUCAGCGCCGGGCCGGAGGACCUGGAGCCUCCGCUCAAAAGGAGGUGCCUCCGAAUUAGAAAUCAGAAUAAGUAAAAGGAACGCUCACUCACAGGGUAGCUUGCGUGGAGAGAGGGCACAGAGCAAACCAUGUCACACCAUCCAAUGACACCAGCUGGUCAGCUCACCACCCGCUCUGGCUAAAACUCAAAUAGAGCCGCUUCCUGUCAUUAAGCAUCUCGGAGGAAGCAGCCCUCCUUCGGUGGCCUCCAGCCCAGAGAAGCCGGCGCGUCUUGGACCCACCAAGCGGCCCAGCCUUCUUGCGGCCACCAUCUCUGCUUCUCCCCAGAGGAACGUAGGGAUUUCGCCCCUGGUUUUUAGAAAAACAAAACACCGACAAGCCACAAGGACCAACGUAGGUAUUCUCCCCGCUCCAUCUUCAGAGCUCGGAGGGUGAGGCUGGAAGAUGAUACGAAUUUGAAAACAAAAAAUCUUUUUUUAGUCAUUUUAAAAACUGCUGUGGUUUUGCUGCUACACUAAGAAUUGUGAUUUGCAUUGUACGGUUUUGGACCUUUACUGUUCACGUUUUGAAGGCGGAGAGGGGUCGUACUGGAGUCCCAACACUUCAGCGUCAUCUCUGUCCUGCCCAGGAUGCACUUUUAAAUGAAGAGUUAGAAUAUUUUAUUGGCUAAUAUACUUUUCUUGUUAUUUUUACAAAGGCCACCUUUAUCCUUUUUAAUGCCAUAUUUUCAGUGUUACACUUUUAUGGCUUUUAAUUUUCGAUUUGACAGAUGUAAGAAGCAGCAUGAAUAGUUUAUACUGUGGUUUUUCAGAGACUGAAUGCCAAGAGAACUCGGUAAAUGUUUAUUCUUCUCAGCUUUCUCUUUAAAUUCUCCUAAAUAGCGCCCCAUUUGGGAACAGAGCAAGAGUGUUGAACUGAAGACCAAAAUGCCCUCAAGGUGUAAAAUAAUCCGAGGGGGACUAUUUGCUGGGCGUCACGAAAGACUUGGAUGAAAUUUCAACCCUGAUGGUUUUCGGUGAUCCAGGAAGUCAGUGAAGCAAUCUCUCUAUACGCAGAGUCCUUUCAUGAUAAUUAGAAUGGUAUGGACGAACCAGUGAAAACAAGAGGGAAAGUGAGAAAGAUCGCCCAUGAUUUUGUUUCACUGUUUGCUUUCUCCUGUCAUGGUUAAGAGAAAUGUGCAAUUCGAUCCUCAAUCAGUGGGUGGAGGAUAACAGGGUAGAUUUUCUUGUGUGCACUUGUACAGUUGUAGCUGCGAGUCCAGAAGUCCUCUAGAGCAUGUGUACUGACACUGAGUUGGUGAGACAGUUGUGGAGUAUCCCAUUCUGAUGAGUACAGAAAAAAAAAAAAAAAAAGAAAAAAAAAAAAAAAAAAUCCAAAAAAAAAAAAAAAAUAAAAAAAAAAAAAAAAAAUCAAAUCACCUUGUGAUCCAGUGUAU